AUGAAGAACCAACGAGUGACCUACUCAGGACUGAAUCUGGCCAAGGACCCAAAGAGGCAGCAAAGCAAAUCUAAGGGCGGGAAAAGCUCCGUUUCAGGAACUGAACAGGAAAUAACCCACGUGGAAUUAAACCUUCAAAAUGCUCCUCUGGAUCUCCAGGGAAAGGAGAAGACCUGCUACUACAAAGUUUCAAAGAAAGCAUGGAUUGGAGUCUUUCGUAACAGCAGCAAUGAUCCAUGGGUGUCAAGAAAUGGCUCAACUUUCAAACUUAAAAUAGAGGAAACAAGAUAUGGUAAACAUAACUGUGCUGUGCUGCAUUCACUCGAUCUUCUAUCAAGGGGAUGUGAAUCUAAGAAAACAUAUAUUUGUAAGCAUGAGCUUUAG